AUGAAUCCCCCCGCCGCUGUCGACGCCUCGUCAAAGGCAUCCGAUAUUUUCGGCGGCGAUAUCCUCCAGAAUGACGCCGCCCGGCAGUCUCUGAUAAAAGUGGAUGACAACCCCAAGUUCGAACUAGAAUCCUAUAUUGCCAACUACAAGGGACGCACGCGUUUUGACCGGUUAUAUUUGAUCGGAAACUGCUCGACUAUCCUCUCAACAGACGCUCUCAAAUUAGCCCUUGCGGAAGGAAAAUCGGGAAAAGAUGUCAGCAGAUACGAAAGAGCCGUCCAGGCCCUUGCAAAAGUCGCCCCGAGUGACCCCGAGGCGACGCUAGAUCGAAAGUGGGUGGAUCACAAAAAGCAGACUGUGAGGGCAGAGACGGAUAAGCUGGAGCAUGAGCUCAAAGGAUACAAAAACAACCUCAUCAAAGAAAGCAUACGCAUGGGAACGGACGACCUAGCAUCUCAUUACCAUGCCGUCGGUGACCUGGUCUCGGCCGCGAAAACAUAUACACGCCUAAAGGAUAACUGCACAACCCCCAGCCACACUGCCGCCAUGCAUCUCAAGAUAAUCAGCGUUGCCAUUGAGCGUGGAGAUUGGUUUGGUGUCCAGCAAGCCGCUGCCAAAUACAACACAGGGCCGAAACCAGACGAUGAAAAAGCCAAAAACCAGCCAAAGAUAUCCGCUGCCGUGGGUCUAUCAUAUCUUGAACAAGGGAAUUAUCUCGAAGCCGCAAAUCAAUUCCUCGCCGCCGAGCCUACUCUAGGUGACAGCUAUAAUGACAUCCUCACAGCCAACGAUGUGGCCGUGUAUGGAGGACUGUGUGCGCUGGCAUCGAUGGGCCGGAAUGAACUGCAGCGGAACGUGCUGGAGAACAUUCAAUUUCGAAACUACCUAGAACUUGAACCGCACAUUCGCCGUGCCGUUUCUUCCUUUUGCAACUCCAAGUUUCGAUCAUGUUUGGACAUCCUGGAAGAAUACCGCGCAGACUAUUUGCUCGACAUCCAUCUCCAACGACACAUUCCCGCCUUGUAUACGGCCAUUCGUACCAAGUCAAUCGAGCAAUACACGAUCCCCUUUAGCCGAAUUACACUAGAUGCAAUGGCCAAGGUCUUUGCCCCUGAGUUUGUCGGAGGUCUUGCUGCUCCCACGGAUAUCAAUUCGCCAUUUGUACAAGAACUGAUUGCACUUAUCGAGAACGGCACUCUUGAUUCACGCAUCGAUCUCGAAAAGGGUUUGCUGGUCUCAAAGCAGACGAAUUUACGAGCUGAUGUACACAAGGGAGCCCUCGAAAGUAUCGAAGAAUACAUCAAAGAAGCACAUCUCCGUCUCAUUCGGACCAACGUCCUUGGCGCUGGCUUGCAAGUUAUGACUCCCGCAACAGAAGGCAAGGCGGACCUUGGAAAUCGGCUUGGGCGGGCGCCAAGUUGGAAUUGA